UACUGUAGUCCGAAACGUCUGCGGGGCACCAGGUUGGCGGAGCGCAGAAGCGCAGAUGCUCCUGCGCUUCUUGGGCGCGCAGAGAGUUACGCUCCCUCGGUCCUAAUCCUCUCCCUGGCUCGGCCUCUCCGCCUGAGCUACGGAGCGCCACUGAGCCCGGAGGACCGGGCACUGCUGCCUUUUCUUGCUCUUGCCGCCGCCAUGGAGAACCCGGUGGAGAGCCUGCACAAAGAAGCCACUUGCUCCAUCUGCCUGGAGUACUUCCGCGACCCGGUCUCCAUCCCUUGCGGCCACAGCUUCUGCAGGUCGUGCAUCGCCCAGUGCUGGAAGGAGCGCAGCAGCGACUUCUCGUGCCCUCAGUGCCGGGUGGUGUCCCUGCAGAGGAAUUUCAGGCCCAACCGCGAGCUGGGCAACGUGGUGGAGAUCGCCAAGAGGCUGGGAUCCCGCGCCGAGCAGGAGGAGCCGGGCGGCGGCGGCGGCGGGAGGCAGCUGUGCCCGAAGCACCGCGAGGCGCUGAAGCUCUUCUGCAGCGAGGAGGAAGAGCUCAUCUGCUGCAUCUGCCGGGAGUCCCGAGCGCACAGGAGCCACGCUGUGUUCCCCGUGGAGGAAGCGGCCCACGAUUAUAAGAAAGAAAUCCAGAGCCGUCUGCAGAGCUUAAAGGAAGAGAAAGAGAAGCUCCUGGGGUUAAAACUGGCUGGAGAAAAUAGACACCAGGAAUAUCUGAAGCAGACAGAAGCCGAGAGGCAGAAAUUGAUGUCUGAAUUUGAGCUGGUGCAUCACUUUCUGGAGGAGCAAGAAAAACUCCUGCUGCUUCAGCUGAAUGAGCUGGAGAAGGAGAUUAUGAAGCAUCAGAAAGAACAUGGGGGAAAGUUUUCUGAUGAGAUUGUCUCUCUCAGUGCCCUGAUAGAUGAGAUAGAAGAGAAGUGUACACAGCCAGACAGCGAAUUCUUGCAGGAUAUCAGAAGCACCUUGGGCAGGUUUGACAAGGAGCCCUUUCAGCCACCUGAAGAGAUGCCAUCCAAGGUGGGAAAAAGACUCGGUGAAUUAUCUGAGAAAAACAGUGUGCUCACAGAUAUCCUGAAUAAAUUCAAAGACACUCUGCCAUCAGAACUGGGGACAGAAUGGGUCAACAUAACCCUUGACACAGACACAGCAAACCCCCAAAUCAUAAUCUCCGAGGAUCGAAAAAGUGCGAGAUGGGACGUCACCAGGACAGAUGUGCCCCAUAACCCUAAGCGAUUUAAGUCCUCUUGCUGCGUGCUGGGCUGCGAAGGAUUCACUUCCGGGAGACAUUACUGGGAAGUCAACGUGGAGGAUGGGGGCAUUUGGGCUGUGGGGGUAGCCCGGGCCUCUGUGAGGAGGAAGAUAGAGCUCAAGCUGACCCCGGAGGAAGGGAUCUGGGCCUUGCAAGGGGAUUUUGGUCAAUACCAGGCUCUCACUACCCCUGUGACACCUCUGUCCCCCCUCUGCACCCCUAGGAGAAUCCGAGUAUUUCUGGACUAUGAAAGGGAACAGGUGGAAUUUCUUAACGCUGACACAAAGGACUCUGUCUUCAUAUUCCUAUCGGCUUCAUUCUCUGGUGAGAGAGUUUUCCCCUUUUUUAAGGUGCUGCUUGCCCAGCUGACACUCGAUGGCUGAUGGGUCCCUCACUCAAGAUCACUUAAGGCAGAAUAGUUCCUUCUUAAUGCCGCUAUUCAAGUCCACUACAUUGUACUUGAAAUUAGGAGGGGUAAAAGCUGGAGUAGACCUGCCCUUCCAAUGCAUGCUGAUGAACGGUUAUGAUUAAUCCACACGAUUGGUUGCCAAGCACAGCACCCCCAUCACUUGGUGGUGCUCCUUACUCCAGAUUCACGGAGAUCGCAAGGGUGCAAUUUUUUUGCAUGCGGCAUUAUACAUGGAUGGUGCCAAAGUAAUGUUCAGGCUAGAGUGGGUUCAAAACACUGGGCUUCCAUAAAAUAGGAGGUCGCCGUUUGUGUGUGUGGAUGCAGAGAGGGUCUUUGUCCAAUCACUCAACGCAGCGCCAGUUCUUAUCACAAAAGUCACUGUUGUAGCAAGAACUUGAGUUUGCCAAUGAACUAUAUAGCCCUUCUCUGAAACUACCUUCACCAAAGACACAUUAAGUGGAGAAUAGUUGGCUGCUUGGUUUUCCUAUGUUGCUGCAUUAAAGAUGUGUUGUUGUUGUUGUUGUUCAUGACAAUGUUGAUGUUUCAAUGUAUUUAAUUGUGUAAACCGCCUCCUAUGCCCAUAGACAGACGAGCGGGAUAAAAAUAAUAAAGUCAAAUGAAGUAGUAAUGAAGAACAGAAUACUUUCGAUUCCGACUGGCUGAAGCCCCGCUCUGCCCCACACUUUCUUCUGCAAAGCAUGCCUUUACUUUGCCCCCCAGGAACAGAUUUUGAAUGGUUUGUGUCAUUGUGUAAAAUGAGAAUAAAUACUGGUCUCUCGUCCAUUAUUGUUGUGAGGUAAAUAAACGAGGACACCAAUAAAAUACCACAUGCAGCUAAUGA